AUGGCACACAAAAAGAUUGGUAAUCGUCAAGAAGCCGUUGUUGAUAUAGUCAAGCCAAUAAAUUUCACCGGAGGGCUAGAGUUCUCUAGCCUCACCUACACCGUCACUAAAAAGCAGGAGCUUGAAGGGAAAUGGAUCAGCCGAGAAGUAGACUUAUUGAAUAUGAUAACUGGGUAUGCACCAAAAGGUUGCAUCACUGCAGUCAUGGGGCCUAGUGGUGCCGGAAAAUCCACCUUGUUAGAUGGACUUGCUGGUCGUAUCGCAAGCGGAAGCCUCAAGGGCAGAGUCUCACUGGACGGCAGGGAAAUGAAUCCCAGCUUGAUUAAGAGGACUUCUGCCUAUAUAAUGCAGGAUGACAGGUUGUUUCCUACACUUACAGUCUAUGAGACUUUGAUGUUUGCUGCUGAUUUUCGACUUGGACCCAUAUCAAGAGCUGACAAGAAGCAGCGGGUAGAGAAGCUUAUCGAGCAACUUGGUUUGUCGACAUCCCGGAACACCUAUAUCGGCGAUGAAGGCACAAGAGGAGUGUCCGGCGGUGAGCGUCGCAGAGUAUCAAUUGGUGUGGACAUCAUCCACGGACCAUCACUGCUUUUCCUUGACGAGCCCACCUCAGGCCUAGACUCGACCAGUGCUCAUAACGUCAUAGAAAAGGUGCACCAGAUAGCGAGGUCAGGCAGUACUGUGAUCCUAACAAUUCAUCAACCCUCAUCUAGAAUCCUAGUUCUGCUUGAUCAUCUCAUUAUUCUAGCUCGUGGGCAGCUCAUGUUCCAAGGAUCCCCUAAAGAUGUCACUCUUCAUCUCAGCCGCAUAGGACGAAAAGUCCCUAUAGGUGAAAACCCAAUAGAGUUCUUAAUUGAUGUUAUACAAGAGUAUGAUCAAUCUGAGAUUGGUGUGGAGGCACUGGCUGAAUUUGCUCGUACCGGAAUGAAACCGCCACUGUUAUCCAACGACGAGAACACCUCUAUAUCCACUGUCGCAUCAACGCCACCUCUGCCUCGCCGUGGCCACCAUCAGAACGGCAGGCCAGGUGACGGGGCGAAUGGUGGUAAACGCCUUCAUUUGCAAACAAGUACACAUGAAUCUAAUGGUUUUGAUCACAGUUUGAGAAGCCCUUACGUUAACACAUCAAGGUCAUGGAGUGCUAGCCAUAGUGGAAUUGGGCAAGCACUCAGAUUUACACCUUCACGCCAGAAGAAUGAUAAGAAGAUUCAAAUUCCAAUGAGUUCAUCCCCAGGCUACUAUACAUUCUCAAGUGAGAUCAUCCCGGGGACACCUACACCGCACAGCAGUGACUAUACGGUGAACGAAAACGACUACCUGACACCAUAUGUUCCUCUGAACACACAGCACUUUGGUCCAAAAUUUGCAAAUUCCUUUUUCUCAGAGACCUGGAUUCUCAUGCGUCGCAACUUCAAGAACAUCAGGCGUACCCCAGAGCUUUUCCUCUCAAGACUCAUGGUCCUAACCGUGAUGGGUGUCAUGAUGGCCACCAUGUUUGUGCACCCUAAACAAAAUUUGCAAGGAAUCACUAAUCGCCUCAGUUUCUUCAUCUUCACAGUUUGCCUUUUCUUUUUCUCGUCCAAUGAUGCUGUUCCUGCCUUCAUUCAAGAACGCUUCAUUUUCGUCCGCGAAACUUCCCAUAAUUCUUAUAGAGCCUCUUCUUACACAAUUGCUGGCCUUGUUACGUACCUUCCCUUUCUUGCAUUACAAGCUGGUGUCUAUGCUGCUAUUGUUUGGAAACCCUUGGCACUGCGAGGACCAUUCUAUUAUUUCUUGCUGGUUCUCUAUAUGUCCCUUCUUUCCACCAACUCGUUUGUGGUGUUUGUGAGCUCAGUGGUGCCAAAUUACAUAUUGGGUUAUGCAGCGGUCAUUGCUUUCACUGCACUGUUUUUCUUGUUCUGUGGCUACUUCUUGAACAGCCACGAUAUCCCCACCUAUUGGAGGUGGAUGAACAAGAUCUCCACCAUGACAUAUUCAUAUGAAGGGCUUCUGAUGAACCAGUACCAGACGUCGGAUCCUUUUGGAACAAAUCCUGGUGGAGAAAUUGUCAAUGGCACCACCAUCUUAAACUCUCUCAAUAUCAGUAUCGAUGAAUCGAAGAAGUGGGAGAAUGUGCUUGUGAUGUUGGGUUGGGCUGUUCUGUACAGGAUUUUUUUCUACAUAGUUCUUCGCUUCUUUUCAAAGAACCAGAGGUCAUAG